UCAUGAAAAGACCAUAGAGCUGAAACAGAAAGGAAGUGCGGUAUAAUGCACGUGGAUGAAAAGUGAGGAAAAUGUCCGCUUCCCUGCUAAGGAAGGGACUGGAACUACUGGAGACGGCGGGAGUGUCCGCCUCCUGCUCCCAAAGAUCAGUGACAGCCGCCCUACCCAAUCAUCUUCUGUUGAAAAAGAAGAAAAAGAAGAGUUUAGGGUCCAAAAGAGACAAGGCCACAAUCAAAGGAAGAAACACCAAAUCUGCAUUAGAGGAGUAUCAGAAACAUCAAGAAGCUGACCACUUUAAGAAGAACAUGCGGUAUAUGAUGGGUACUCAUUUUGUGACUGACAGUACCAUUACAGAAAAGAUUUUAGCCCAAAAUAGAGGAAGGAAAGCUAAAGACCACCCUGUAGAAACAGUGAAGCAGCAGCCGCCAGAAGGAACUGUCUUCACUGAAGAAGACUUCCAGAGAUUUGAGAGAGAAUAUUUUGGCAGAGCUGGAACAAACUGAUGAAAGCAACUUGUCCAUCAUUGCCAAAAAUCAAACAUCAGUGAGUAAAUGCUUGCCAGUCUUAUUGUGGCUGGGAAGUACAUCUAUUAUAAACGACUACAGUAUUUCUACGUAUGAUCCGCUCAGUUUUUGCACUUCAUAUGGGAUGAUGGUCUGUUCCAAGUGGAGAAUCCAGAUCUUCAAUGAUGAGUUUGGACAUAUGACUCUCUCUCAAUACUGUUGUACUAGAAAAAAAAUCUAACUUGAACGAGACAAAACAGUCUUUUGCCAAAAUCAUUAGAUGUAAGUUAACUUAAACAGGUAAUUCCUAUAAACAUGGAAGAAUUUGGAUUUGAUGUCACAGUAUGAGAGGUGAAGGGGUGUGCUUUAUGGCACAAGUGCAAAACUCUUCAUUAGUUUUGCUGCAACAGACCAACAGUUACACUUCAGCAGUAAUAUGAAAACUUGCUUUAAUUUAUAGCCAAAUAUUUCUUUGGUUCAAUGUUCCUCAAAUAUAUAUAGUAACAUAACAAUAAUAAAGAAUUAUAGGCAUUUGAAGUGCUACCUUCUACAAGGGUAUCACAAAGUGACUUUUAUUGUUUUAUUUAUUGUUUUAUUUUUAUUGUUAUACUUAAGAUGCAAGUAUAACAACAAAAGUCACUUUGUUCGUGGUACCUUUGGGAAAAGGGUACCCUUGUGAUACCCUUUUCUUCUCAAAAUGUAGUAGUUUGUAUAGUUUCCUACCAUAUCCUGUGUAGUUACUUUUCAAGUGUUUUCAUGUUUCUUAUUCAAUGUAUCCUUUGUCAUUUCUUUAAUAAAUGAACAGGAUCUUUACAGAAAUAAAGCAGCUAAUUACAUCAGAAGUUCAGGCAAAAAUUGUUUAUUUGUGAAGUACCAGGAAUGCUGAAUAGCCUGAGAAUAUUGUAUCAUUUUUAGAAGCAAGCAGGUAUAGUUGAGCAAAAUUGGAGGAACUCCAUACAGGAGCAAGAGUGGAUCAAAGACAUGUUGAAGAGUGCUUGGAAAAUUCGUAUUGAUGCAAUCUUCGUAGUAAUAAAAUUAUGUAAAAUUUCAUUAUAGCUCUGCAGAGUUGUACUUAAGAACAGUAAUAUGU